UUCCUCCGCUUCUUUUUGCUUGCUUACGACUUUUGCUCCCUUACAUUCCCUGGUCUACUGAUACGCGUUCUUCCUUCCGGCUAUAAAGAUGUUUGCUUUUUAGAAAUCCGUAAACCGCCGAAUCCUCCCCCGUCGUCCAUAACUCUCUGCGGUGUACCAUGGCGAUCUUCACCUACGAACUGGCAAUAUCUUCCUCUGCCUCAAGACGUGCUCUUGACAAGCGGCAAAUCUUCCCGCCUGCGUCCUUAAAUCCAUUGAAGCCUGGAGGUUCACCUCCUGCGCCAUUACCCGUCAAUCCUCCGAACAUCUCGCCCGCCAUUAAUCCCGCCAAUCCAAUCAACAAUGUGCCAUCGCCCUCUUCAAAACCUGAUCUCCCACCUCCUGCUGCGGGAAGCCCCUCGCCGGCACCUGCGCCGCCGGUGGAAACUCCUGCAUCGUUGCCUACAUUGCCAUCGUCCAAGCCAACUCAUUCAAUGCCAUCGGUGAAUCCGAUACUCCAGUCGACGCCCACGCAGGCUGGAAAUACGUUGGCAGCAUCGACGAUUCCUCCGGUCGCGUCAUUUACUCCUCCGGCUCAAACACCUCUUGUGGUCGUUCCCAGCUCUGUGCCUACCCGGCCGGUUACUGCUAAUUCUUCCAUCGAAGGAAAUACGGCCACCACUCUGCUCCAACCUACUAUUAUUGCUGUAGCUGUUGUUCUUGGAAUUGUCGGCGUGUGCGUUGUCAUCAGUGUCGUAUGGUGCAAACUGAAAGAAAGGAAACGAGCAAAAAAGGGGGAAUUUGUUAAACCGCCCAGAGAGUUUCCCUGGGCCAUGGAACAGAAUUAUUCUCAAACUGAGUUGGUUGCAAGCCCGGUGGAACGCGCGUGAAACCAUGCUAUCGCGCCGGUGAUGGCCAAGAAUGUGAUGUAUUGAUGUAUUUUAGACCUAUGAGUGAAACGCAACAUGUGGUUAACAUAAUGUAAUUUGUUCUGUUGUAAGUAUGUAUAAGUGUGAUGAUAGAUAAAGUAAAUCUUUCAAUAUAAUGAAAAUAGGUUAAACUGAAUGACCAAAA